AGAGUCCCCGUUGCCAUGGCGCCCGAAUUCCGACGGGGACGCUCGGAGGCGCGGCUGAGAAAGGCCUGAGGAGUCCUGUGGGGUCCGGUCCGGGUCGGACUUGAGGGGCCAGCAAACCCGAGAGACGCCAUGGGCCGGAUCACAGAAGAUCUUAUUAGACGAAAUGCUGAACACAAUGACUGUAUAAUUUUUUCCCUGGAGGAACUCUCCUUGCAUCAGCAAGAAAUAGAAAAACUAGAACAUAUUGACAAAUGGUGCCGGGAUUUAAAAAUUCUCUAUCUUCAAAAUAAUCUUAUUGGAAAAAUCGAAAAUGUUAGUAGACUGAAGAAACUUGAAUAUUUGAAUUUAGCUUUAAACAACAUUGAAAAAAUAGAAAAUUUGGAAGGAUGUGAAAGGCUGACAAAACUUGACUUGACUGUAAAUUUUAUUGGAGAGCUGAGCAGCAUUAAAACCCUGCAGCACAACAUCCAUCUGAAAGAGCUCUUUCUCAUGGGUAACCCAUGCACUGACUUUGAUGGCUACAGGCAGUUCGUGGUGGCAACUCUUCAACAAUUAAAAUGGUUGGAUGGUAAAGAAAUAGAGCGCUCAGAAAGGAUUCAGGCAUUGCAGAACUAUCCAGUAAUUGAACAACAAGUCAGAGAGCAGGAAAAUGCUUACUGCCUCAAACGAGCCAAAGACAAAGAAGAGGCUCAGAGGAAACUUCAAGAAGAGCAUGAAAAUGAAGACAAGAGGAAGAGAAGUAACCCAGGCUUUGACGGACGUUGGUACACAGACAUCAGUGCUACGCUUCCAUCUUCUUUAGAGAGCAAUCACCUCCAGGCACCAGAAAUACAAGAAGAAGAACACAACAAAAAGAAAUUAGAUGAAAAUGAAGACGACCUGGAAUUCUGGAAUAAGCCCUCUUUGUUUACUCCUGAAUCUAGAUUGGAAACUCUUAGACAUACAGAAAAGCAAAGAAAAAAACAAGAAAAAUUAAGUGAAAGAAAGAAGAAAGUGAAGCCACCUAGGAUUUUGAUCACAGAAGAUGGGAAAGCCCUGAAUGUAAAUGAGCCCAAACUUGAAUUCUCUUUGAAAGAUGAUGAAAAACGUAACCAGAUCAUACUGGACCUUGCUGUCUACAGGUAUAUGGAUACCUCUUUAAUUGAUGUCGAUGUACAGCCAACGUAUGUGCGAGUACUGGUCAAAGGCAAGCCGUUUCAGCUUGUCCUUCCUGCAGAAGUCAAACCUGAUAGCAGCUCUGCUAAAAGAUCUCAGACAACGGGGCAUUUGGUAAUCUGCAUGCCCAAGGUAGAAGAAAUAAUCACAGGUGGUCGACAAACAUUCAAGCCCAUGAAAACUACCUUGGACAGUGGCAGAGAACAAACAAGCUCAAGGGUCCAGAAGCCUGAUGAGCUGCAUUCAGGAGAGAUUCUGUUACUGAUCCUGGCUGUGGGGCUUUGCCUGCUGUAUUGUUUCAAUUACAGAAAGAAAAAAAAAAUUCUUAGAAGCAAACGCAUCGAAAAACUAGAAGUGGAUCCCAGCAAGCAUUCAUUCCCUGAUGUGACUAACAUUGUUCAGGAGAAAAAACACACACCCAGAAGACUGGGAUCUGAACCCAAAAUUAUACCCAGUGAGGAAGACCCAGACUUUGAAGAUAACCCUGAAGUGCCUCCGUUGAUUUGAAACAUCAGGCUGCCUUGUCAUUGGCUGUGACCCACCAGGUCCAGUUUUUGUUGGUGCAGAGAUGGGAUGUGUGUUAUUUAUGGGGAAGCACAGAGUUAUUCCUCAUUAUUACUACUCCAGUGUUUUCACUUUUAUUUUGUAUAGUAACAUUCUUAAAGUAGUUUAAAAUUAAAGUGUAUGCAUUAAAUGAUAUAACUCAUGAUUUGUCUAUAACAAAGGGUUGGUAUUG